AUGGGCUCCUCGAUGCCUCUUGUCGGUCAUAGUCUGGCCAUCUUUAUCUGCGCGGCGGUAAUGAUGAGCGCAUUAUUCAUAGCCCUGGAUGCAUGUUGGAUGGUUGCAUCAAAGCGGGGUGUUGGGCAUAAGAACGAGGACUUCACCGAUCCUAAGACAAUGGAGCAGGCUCUACUGUGGUGGUGGCUAUGUCAAAUGCUAUAUAGUUGGUCGGCCGCGAUCACCAAAAUAUCAAUAGCCAUAGCCCUACUCAGGCUAGCUGUGCAAAAAGCGCACCGCAUUGUUCUGUGGGCAGUGACCUGCCUUGUAACAGUCGCUGGGAUAAUGAUUUGGCUUGUCUUCCUAGCCGGCUGCCAACCUGUCUCUUAUUUUUGGUCGCAUGUCACUGCAAAUCAGCAUGGGAGCUGCAUACAGCGGCAGAUACUGUUGGACAUUGGCUAUCUCUACAGCUUCCUGAUUGUGUUCUCCGAUAUUACUCUUGGGAUCAUGCCCGCCGUUCUGAUCUGGCGCCUGCAAAUGGACCGCCGGACAAAGAUUGCAUUAGCAGGAGUCCUUAGCCUAGGAGCUCUAGAGAGCGUCGCCGUGAUCAUUCGAAUCCCAUACCUGCAUACCUACCAUGACACCAACCUUCUCUGUGAGUCCGGUCGAACCUGUCAUUCCAUCACCACGUCCCUAACCACAGCAGAUGCAACCUACCAAAUCGACUUUUGGUCCAUCAUUGAAAUCGGAAUCGGCAUUACCGCAGGGAGUCUCGCCACCCUUCGCCCCUUAUUUCUUUGGGUCUUCGAAACUCGAUCAUACUAUGGAGGUAACUCUCGUGGCAAAAAGCGCAGUGAAGAGGCGCAUCCUCUUUCGAACAUCUCCACAGAUGCUGAAAGAUUACAUAACUCAGAAAACUGGGGUGCGGAUUUUGUUCCAGGCAAGUCGCAGACUCGUCUAGUAACCACCGUCACAUCUCGUCUGAGCCAUUCGGAUAGAAAUCGGGAUGCUUUGACCCUGGGGGCUGGGUCAUGGCAGGCUCUAUAUCAGGUCAAUGUUCAGACAACAAUCAAGAUCUCAGAGGGAGUGGAUGAAGCAAUAUAA